GCAGCCGCCGCAGCCGUUGCGACCGCAGCAGCGGAGUUCACAGGGCCCGGAGGUGGGAGACUUCCCAUACGGUGGCUGAGAUGUCGUCCACCGCGGCUUUUUACCUUCUCUCCACCUUGGGAGGGUACUUGGUGACCUCGUUCUUGUUGCUCAAAUACCCGACCUUGCUACACCCGAGAAAGAAGCAGCGAUUCCUCAGUAAACACAUCUCCCACCGCGGAGGGGCUGGAGAAAAUUUGGAGAAUACAAUGGCAGCCUUUCAGCAUGCAGUUACAAUUGGAACUGAUAUGCUGGAAUUGGACUGCCAUAUCACAAAAGAUGAGCAAGUUGUAGUGUCCCAUGAUGAGAAUUUAAAGAGAUCAACUGGGGUCAAUGUAAACAUCUCUGAUCUCAAGUACUGUGAACUCCCACCUUACCUUGGCAAACUGGAUGUCACAUUUCAAAGAGCAUGCCAAUGUGAAGGAAAAGAUAACCGAAUUCCAUUACUAAAGGAAGUUUUUGAGGCUUUUCCUAACACUCCCAUUAACAUCGAUAUCAAGGUCAACAACAAUGUGCUGAUAAAGAAGGUUUCAGAGCUGGUAAAGCAGUACAGACGAGAACACAUAACGGUGUGGGGUAACGCCAGUUAUGAAAUUGUAGAAAAGUGCUACAGAGAGAAUUCAGAUAUUCCUAUACUCUUCAGUCUACAACGUGUUCUGCUCAUUCUUGGCCUUUUCUUCACUGGCCUCUUGCCCUUUGUGCCCAUUCGAGAACAGUUUUUUGAAAUCCCAAUGCCUUCUAUCAUACUGAAGCUAAAAGAACCACACACUAUGUCCAGAAGUCAAAAGUUUCUCAUCUGGCUUUCUGAUAUCUUACUAAUGAGAAAAGCCUUGUUUGACCACCUCACUGCCAGAGGCAUUCAGGUCUAUAUUUGGGUAUUGAAUGAAGAACAAGAAUACAAACGAGCUUUUGAUUUGGGAGCAACUGGGGUGAUGACAGACUAUCCAACAAAGCUUAAGGAUUUUUUACAUAAUUUUUCAGCAUAGAAAAGGAGGUACUCAGAAGCACUCAAAGAUGAAAAGACCUAAAGAA